AACUCAAGCAGGCACGCUCGUCUUCUCUCUGCUGUUUUUUUUUUUUUUUUUUUCUGCCGAGGGCAGUGACACGAUGUCCACGCAGCGGGAAAAGACCGCGUGAAGUCGACGACGGGCAAGAAAUGGAUGUAAUAACUUUCGAAAUGAGCUCUGAUGCUCAUUUGUCCUUUCAAUAUAUACUUUUGGACUUGCCGGUUUUACUUUUCUUAAACUGACUGUCACACUGGAGUUUGAGCCCCAAAGAUUGAUAAAAAAAAGAAAUAAACAGAAUAUAGGAAUUCGCAUAAGGUGAAUGAGAUGGACCCAGAAGAAGGUAAAGUCUCUGUGUGGGUCUGCCGGGAAGAGAAGCUGGUCUCCGGGUUGACUAAGAGGACCACAUGCACCGAUGUGGUGCAAGUUCUGCUGGAGGACCAGAACCUCCGGCAAGGUGCCUCAGCUGGGAUGCUGUCCGGACCCCCUCAGUCCUAUUGUGUGGUGGAGAAAUGGAGGGGCUUUGAGCGGAUUUUACCCAACAAGACCAAAAUUCUCCGUCUAUGGAGCGCCUGGGGGGACGAGCAGGAGAACGUCCGCUUUGUCCUGGUCAGGAAUGACGCGUCACUUCCUAACAAUGGGCCCCGGAGUGCUGAGGCUCGGGUGGUCCAACGUCGGGAGAAUUGGGGUCCUGGCGGGGUGAUCAGGGCCCCCGCUAGGAUCUGCUGGCCCGCUGCAACUACCAACUUGUCCCAGGAGAGGCAGAGGCGCAUUGUAAGAAAAGCCUUCAGAAAGUUGGAUAAGAUGAACAAAAAGAAAGAGCAAGCGCUUGGUAAAGAUAAGAGCUCUGUGGAGAAGAUGGAAACUUUAGUCCACUUGGUCCUCUCGCAGGAUCACACCAUUCGCCAGCAGGUCCAGAGACUCAAGGAGUUGGAUAAGGAGAUUGAGAGCUAUGAGUCCAAGGUGCACUUUGAACGCAUGAAGCGACACGGGGUCAACUAUGUGCAGGACACCUACUUGGAGGACUCCUCUGGAUUCCCGGAGGACCCUACUCACAAAAUCGCUCCGGAAGCUCUGGCCCAGUUCGAAAAGUAUGUGUGGCGUUGCGAGGAGGUUGUGCGGCUGCAGGAGGAGCUGGUGGAGCGAGAGGCGCUCAUGGAGAGCAUCACCGCAGAGAUCCAGGAGGAGCUCAACCGCAGGUGGAUGAAGAGACGGCAGGAGGAGAGGGGAGAAGAUGAAAAUAUGUUGGAAAUGUGCUUGUCUGUUCCUCCAGUGCCGGAGUGUGUGUCUGGAGAUGAGAUGGCGUUGGAGGAGGAGAGGAUCAAAACACAGCUGAACACCAGCCUCUACAUAGGCCUGAGACUUAAGACAGACCUGGAUGGCAUUAGGGGGGACUUGGACCUAAGUCUUGCACUCUGGGAGAGCAAGGAGACUGAACUGCUGGACCUACUGGCCAAAGUGGAGACUAUGGACCUAGAACAGGAGGACACCAAACCGGAUGAAGAUGAUGAUAUUGAUGCUGAUGCUGAUGAUACAAAGGCAGAUGAAGAUGAGGGUGCAGUGGUGCCAGGGGAGAAGAGUGGCAUUUGGGUGGAGCAGGCCCGAGGUGUGUCAAAGUCUUGCAACAUCAACGACGAGGACUCGGACACAGGCCUGAGCUCCAUGCAUAGUCAGGACUCUGACAACCCUCCUGUGUGUGAGUCUUUGGUCUAAACCAGAUAGCAUGGAUUCGGGAAGUGUGUGUCACUAACAACAGCCACAUGCUAUUAAAAUUGCAAAGUAAUUCAUUAAAUGUUAUCAGAUUAAGUUUGGUUUGAUAGGCCAUGCCUUGUCACUUCCAUGGGGUGAUUUAAAAAAAACAGUGCUUCUUCAGGCGAUAUUAAAUCUGUGAAAGAAAACCACAUACAAAUGUAAAUGGAAUAUAUUAAAUCCAGGUGUCAAACUUGAGGCCUGCCAAAUUAUUCAUGUACUACUAAAGCAAAUCAUGAAAUCGUCUUCACUUCAACAUUGAAAUAUGGAAAACAUGUUUUUGUUCCUAAACCCUUUUUUUUUUAAAUAAACCAGACAGCAGUUGAA